UAAAUAMACUUUGUUUUAUUGAAAGAACACCUGGUCAGCACCCUGGAGCACAACUUUGUUUUGAAGAGACUUUAAAGCAGCACAUCAAACUAUUUAAAGCAUCAAAUCCAAAUCACCCUACACAAGAGCCCAUCAAAGUUAAAAUAAGCUGCAAUGGAGCAAAGAUGUUAAAAUCAGGAACUUUUGUGAUUCUUUCUUUUUCAAUUUUGCAAACUGGGGAUUUAGUUAUGUCGUCAAAAGGAAAUAGAACAAUAGCCAUUGUCAAUGGUCCUGAGAGCUAUGACACUCUACAGGAUUCAUUUGCAGAAAUUUUCAAACAAAUUAAUAAAGUUAUAAAAGAUGGCAAAGUUCAAAUUGACAAAGACGACACACCAAUAGAGAUUUUUCUAGGUGGGGAUUACAAAUUUUUACUCAUGGUAAUGGGAUUCAGUGGUGCCACAUCUGACUAUGCCUGCCUCUGGUGUUUAGUUCACAAAUUAAUGAGACGUGAUAUGUCACAUGACCUAAAAUAUUUUAAUGAAGAGAAUGUCAGAACAUUGCAAACUAUAAGAGAAUGGUGCAAGGAAAAAAAAUAUUCAUGCAUUCAAGAACCAUUACUAAACAUUGACACUGACCAUAUUAUCUUAGAUGAACUACACUUAAUGUUAAGAAUUUCGGACCGCUUACUUGAAAAUGUGAUCAAAGAAGUUAUGCAGAAAGAUGGAAUUGAAGACUUUGACAAAAAAAGACAUAAAGACACAGGCCUAAAUUUAAAAAAACUCAUUACAGUAAUCAAUGACAUUGGACUUACAUUUGCUAUCUGGGAGAAAAAGAAUGCAGACGGUAAAGGAAGUGGGACAUAUGACUGGACUAGUCUUGUUGGCUCAGACAAAAAGAAACUGCUUAAGCUACUACCAGAAAAACUAGAACAAGGUGACAUCCUUUUUCAAGACACUAAAAAUACAGUCAUACAGUUGUGGAAAGACUUUGACUCACUAUACACUUUAAUCAACACUACCUCAGACUCCAAUGACUUUCACCUUCAAGUUUUUGAAAAAUCUAAAGCAUUUAUUAACUUAUUCAUAUCCCUUGGUGGUCUCAGAAUAGGCUAUGAAAAGAAGAGAGUUACUCCUUACAUGCAUGCAUUGGUAUACCAUGUUCCUAUAUUUAUUAAGAACUACAAAAACUUUAAGCAUUUCACAGGACAGGGAAUAGAAAAAAAUAAUGAUGAUGCAAAAAGAAUAUACUUUCAAAAAUCAAAUAAAUGGGAUGCAGCUAAGGAUAUUCUACUUCUAGAGCAUAGACAAAUAGAACUUAAGCACUGUGAAAGGGAGAAAAGAAAAUAUGACAAGAAAAAUACAGAUUAUUGGGAGGAAGGCAUAAUUGAGAAAAGAAAGAAAAGAUCAAGAGCAAGUUUAAUUGAAAAGCCAAAUGUUGAAAGUCCUCAAUCACAAGAUAUUGAUCUGGGUACAAGUGAUCACUAUUUGAAAAUGACUUUAAAGCAGCUAAGACAAGAGAUAAAAUCAAAAAACAAAGCAGUCAAAGGACUCCACAAAAUGAAAAGGCCUGAAUUAAUAGCUCUUCUAAAAAAUGCUUAGCUCAAAAUACAAGAAUCUAUC